CUAACUUCAUACCUUCGUACCUUCAUAAGUGGGAGGUUUAACGAGCAAAAUUUUGUAUUUAUCUUUGUCCAGCGAGUUUAGAAGGUCGUUCAAGUGAAGGACUGCCGAUAGUUGAUGAUUGAGGUCUCGAAGUACCACAAAGCUCACUUUCCGCAAAACGGCACGAUGGCUUCUUUCAAAGGGAGCUCCAGAAAAGGCAUUUUACACCAAUAUACCUCCCAGCUCACGGUUUUCGAGCACACACCACACCCAACCUCAGAACCCCAGAACCUUCUGAUCUUCGUUGGUGGCCUCUUCGGCGGCUUGCUCACAACGCCCUAUCCCACAAGAAUCGCUGCCACCCUCCCACCUUCCUGGAGCCUGGCAGAAGUCCUCCUUUCUUCGUCCUACCUUGGCUGGGGCAUAUCUUCCCUUGACCGUGAUGCCGACGAACUUGCCAAAUGUGUAUCCUACUUCCGGACCAUCAAGUCCGGUAAGAUAAUCCUGAUGGGCCAUUCAACCGGCUGUCAAGAUGUCAUCACAUAUCUUACGGGCACGGGCCACGAGACUCGUCCUGCUAUUGAUGGAGGCAUAAUUCAAGCUCCGGCUAGUGAUCGAGAGGCAAUGGUUAUGGCUCUCGGUGAGGAGGUUUUGAGCGAGACCUGUAAGAUAGCCAAAGCGAUGGUAGAGUCCGGGGAUGGCGAAGAGAUCCUUCCGAGUAAAGUCAGACAUGGGUUUUUCGCCCCGACACCGAUAUCAGCACGGCGGUGGCUGAGUCUAGCGAGUCCGGAUCACGAUGGAGACGACGAUCUAUUCAGUUCGGACUUGAGCGAUGAGCAAUUGCUGAAGACCUUUGGUGCAUUGCCGGCUAGGAGUCCAUUGUGCAUCUUGUUUUCGGGCAAUGAUGAGUACAUGCCGAAGAGUGUUGACAAGGAGGCUAUGUUGAAGAGAUGGAUUGAGAUUUCAAAAAGAGGGAAGGGUACCGUCGAUGAGGUGCACUCGGGAGUUUUGGCGGGCGCAUCUCAUGAUCUGUCAGGGAAUCCUGAGGAGGUAGUUAACGGGCUGGUGAACAGAGUCCUGGGAUUCUUGAAUGGAUUGCCGACACAGUCUCACCUAUAAGUCCUCAUUAAAUGCUAU